AAACCUCAUCUGAUGGCAGAAGAUGAGCCUCCGGGGGCCGUCUUGAAGCCACCAGUGUUCCGUGUUGAUGAGGCCACCCCAGAAGGCGUGAGGAGCGUCCUGCUGGAGCGGGGCUGGGGCGGCGACACGUGGAAGACUGGAAUCUACUGGAAGGCGUCCGCGUUUCCGAUGACUGACCAUAUCAACGUCAAGCUGUGGCAGUGACUAAACCACCACCCGGGAACCACCAAGCUCACCAGGCAAGACUGUCUGGCCAAGUGCCUGGAGCGCAUGAGCAGGACGUACGGCACCUCCCUCUACAAAUUCACGCCUCUGACGUUCGUCAUGCCCAACGACUACACCAAGUUCCUAGCUGAAUACUUUAAGGACAAGAAGAUGCCAGGCACCAAGCCUAGCCAUUGGAUUUGCAAGCCGGCGGAAUCGUCUCCUAGGAGGGGGAUAGUUAUUUUCAGUGACAUUAAGCACUUGCUCUUUGGGGAUAUGUAUAUAGCACAGAAAAAUAUCUGCAACGCUGCACGGUUUGCCACGGAAAAGUUUGACCUCAGUAAUUUUCAUAAUGAUUAUGCACAUUUGACCAACAGCAGCAUCAAUAAACCUGGAGCCUCCUAUGAGAAGAUCAAAGAAGUGAUCGCUCAUGGUUGUAAGUGGACCCUCAGCAGGUUUUUUUCCUAUCUUCGUAGUUGGGACGUGGACAACAUGCUUUUGUGGCAGAAAAUCAACUGCAUGAUUAUUCUCACGGUUCUGGCCAUGGCUCUGUCGGUCCCCUUUGCCACCAAUUGCUUUGAGCUCUUUGGGUUUGAUAUUUUGAUUGAUGAGAACUUGAAGCCGUGACUUUUAGAAGUCAACUACAGCCCGGCCUUGUCCUUAGACUGCUCGUCGGAUGUAUUGGUGAAGAGAAAACUCAUCCAUGAUCUUACUGAGCUGGUUUACUUAAAUAGCCUAAGAACCGAGGGAAAAGAAUGUGGUAAAGCUGCAAAAGGAAAUCCCAGUGUCUCCUUUGCUGAGGGUGGUAGAGGUAGACUCAGUCCCGCCCGUGGCUCUCUUCCUUACGAGUCUGUCCUACAACUCACAGGUAGAGCACACAAGGACUGUACCGUGGAGAGAGCUGAGAAAGUUCCUGAGCACGCAUGUACCCCCGAGCUGAGAGAGGUGAUGAGCAGGCAGAAGGAUCUACUGGUGUCCGCAAGACAGCCGCCCAAAACCAAGCUGAAGGCAAGGAGCAGGCGCACAACUCGCAAGGCCCUCAUUCCCUGCGUGUCCCUCCUGCACUUGCGUACCCACGAGAGUGACAGCACCCCCCACAUCCUGUCAGACAGUGGUGAGCAGCCAGAUCCCCAAGCCGGCAACUUUGUUCUCAUUUUUCCUUUCAACGAGGCCACUUUGGGAGCUUCCAGAAAUGGAUUAAAUGUCAAAAGAAUAAUCCAAGAGCUCCAGAAACUAAUGAACAAGCAACAUUCUCAAGUGGAGGGAAAUAAAACUAAAAGAAGGUGA